GUUCGUCCGCGUUGUGGGCUUGUCCCUCUUCGUGCAGGCGAGGGCAGAUGCCAAAGCAGAGUUCUACGACUUCUUUAAGGAGGCGAAGUUUUCUCUUUGGUGGCUGCCCGAAGUGAACAACAUGUGUCGCAUCCGACCGCAGGCAACAGCAGGAGUCGGCCAAGAUGGAGGCCUCAACUUCAACUUCGCCCUUUCGAGGCAGAUCCAGGUCUCC